CUUGAUCCUUUAGAGCGGACGCUUAGCAGGUGUAAGAAUCUGGAGUUCUCAGAUACCACAUAUGUAGGUACUUAAAGCUGCAUGCUGGUUAAAUAAAUGGAUGUUCUGGUGCUGAAGAAUAAACCAAGGAAUGAGGUGUUUCCAUUGCAUAUAUCUACCCAGCAUGUGGAAGCAUACCGGCUGCUAGAGGACAGGAAAGACAAACUCUCACCUGAGACCUCCACCCUCCACCUGAUCCAACAGCAGCAGAAACGGCUGGAGACUGAGAUCAGCAGGAAGAGUAAGGAGUGUGAAGUGCUUGAGGAGGAGGUGAAGAAAAAGAGCCAGUCAUGUCAAACACUGGAGAGUGAGCUUCAGUGUGUUCUGCAGCAGAAAUUACGUCUGAAUCUUCAGUUGUUCAACGAUAUCCAGAAGGCAGCAAAGUAUGAGCAGGUGAAAACUGAGUAUGAACAGCUGCAGGAGGCUCUGUAUACAGUGAUAGUGGAAAGAGAUUGUGCUCUGUUGGAGAGGACUGAGCUCCAAGGCAAACUGGAGAACCUAGAGCAGGUGCUGAAGCAUAUGCGAGAGGCUGCAGAGAGGAGGCAGCAGCUAGAGUUAGAGCAUGAACAAGCCCUGGCCGUCCUCAGUGCCAAGCAGCAGGAGAUUGACCUUCUGCAGAAGGCUCAGGUUGAGGCUAAGAAGGAACAUGAAGGUGCCGUCCAUCUGUUAGAGAAUCACUUGGACAGCAUGCAGCUGAGAAAUAUCCUUCGCACUAGAGGCACAAUGCAGUUUUUGGCUAAAGUCAGAGAACUGGAGGGAAAAUGCCGGGCUCAAAGUGAGCAGUUCAACCAGCUGUCAAAAGAGUUGGAGAAGUUUAGAUUGCAAGCUGGAAAGUUAGACAUCCUGAGCAGCAGUCAGCUCACAGGGGGCGAUUCGCCUGGCUCACCCACCAAACCCCUCACCCUCUCCCAACUGCUCAACGGCCUCACUGCCCCCUCAGGGAAAGGUAAUGAGGAUUCGUUGAGUAAGAUCUCAGAGCUCAUUCGGCCUCUACAAAUGAGCGAGGGGGAAAAAGUAGAGCUCCUGUCUGUCAAACCCACCUUCUUGUCUCGCAGUACGCCCUCAAGCCCACGCCGGUCCUUCCUGUCAGAGGUGCGUCCUGUCAUCGCUGCUACUAUGGACAAAGAGCUCAGCUCGUCCCCCAGGUCUAAGUCCAGAUACACAGGCAAAGUCCGAUUGUGUGUCGCUCGCUACAAUUAUAACCCUUACGAUGGCCCCAAUGAGCACCCUGAAGCUGAGCUCCCCCUGAUGGCUGGGAAGUACUUAUAUGUUUAUGGGACCAUGGAUGAGGACGGCUUCUAUGAGGGGGAGUUGUUGGAUGGACAGCAGGGUCUUGUCCCGUCCAACUUUGUUGACUUUGUCCAGGAUGAGGAGCUCCCCUCGGUUCCUCUCUCGGACCGCAUAAAGGAACCGUCCUACCUCAACCACAGCCCUGCCUCUGUGCCGAGCAGCGCCGUUAGCACACUCAGCACGCUGCUGUCAGAGAAGCUGGAUGCCCUGGGCUCGGGCACCGGGACGGGUACCAGCAGCAGCAGUGGGGUGAGCAGCCUGGGCAUGAGCAUGGGGCAGGGCAUGGACUUUCUGAGACUGUGCAGCAAUGGCACAGGCACACUGGACGUGAACAUAGAUGAGAUUGGAGAAGAUAUCGUGCCUUACCCCCGCCGCAUUACUUUGAUCAAGCAGCUGGCCAAGAGCGUGAUCAUAAGCUGGGACCCUCCAGUGGUGUUGCCCGGAUGGGCUCCCAUCAGUGGUUACAAUGUUCUGGUGGAUCAAGAAGUGCGCAUGAGCGUGCCCUUCUGUGGCCGCACCAAAUCUCUAAUCGAAAAACUGAACCUGGCCUCCUGCACACAUCGCAUCUCUAUCCAAAGCAUGACUGAACGGGGGCUCUCGGAUCCAAUGCGCUGCACACUGCUGGUGGGGAAGGAUGUGGUGGUGGCACCCUACUACCUUCGUGUGGAAAACAUUACGCAAGUAUCAGCCGAACUCGCCUGGAUGCCAAGCAACAGUAACUACAGCCACACAAUCUUCCUAAAUGAUGUUGAGUAUGAUGUGGUGAAGCCCGGAGGGUACAAAUACCAGUUCUACAAUCUAAAGCCCAUGACGGUGUAUAAGAUACGGGUUGUGGCCAGACCACAUCAGGUGCCCUGGCAGCUGCCCCUCGAGCAGAGGGAAAAGAAGGAGGUGUCAGUGGAGUUCUGCACACAACCGGCUGGUCCUCCUUUACCUCCUCAGGAUGUGAAAGUUCAGUUGGGCCAGACUCCUGGAGUCUUGCAGAUCCGAUGGAAACCCCCUCUCCUUACUCCUACUGGCACUUCCAAUGGAGCCAGUGUUAUUGGCUACAUGGUCUGCACUAAAGGUCAAAAGAUAGCCGAGAUCAUGUACCCCACAGCAGAUUUCGUUACUGUGGAACUGAACCGUAUCCAGUGUCUAGAAGCGCAAGAGGUCGUCGUGAGGACAAUAUCAGCACAAGGAGAGUCUCAGGACUCUCCCGUGGCCACCAUUCCACACAGUUUCCUUGUGCCACACCCUCACCACCAGCCUCACCCUCCACCUCAUCCCCAACCUCAUUCUCAGACGCACCCGCCCCCUUACCCCCAAGCCUACCCACCAACCCAUCCGCAACCACACGUCCAACCCCAGCCACCCCAUCCUCACACUCAACCCCCAACUUCUCACCCUCACCCACAGCAGCACAUGCAUCCCUCACCCUCCCCGUAUCCCAUGUCUAAACCCAAACUCCUACCAAGUGCCAGAGACCCCCAUGCCAAAGAGCCAGAGAUGGGCAGGCGACUGGGGCAGCCCUGGGAGCCACACCCCCGAGCCGCAUCACCCCUACCGCCCCCUACACACCCGAGGCACACACUGGAGCCCCCUCACAUAGAGGGCCGGCGCUCACCCUCCCCUCAGAGGAUCCUGCCUCAACCUCAGGGAGCACCCAUUCCUAACACAGUGGCUCGUGCAAUGGCCCGGCAGGCAGCGCAGAGGAACUCCCCAAACAACAAGGUGGAGAGGAGGAACAUCUUCAGCGAGAGGGGUAGUGCUCUGCACUCGCUAAACUCAGACGAGGAAGAGGAUGGGUAUGAUACCCCCCACACCAGACGAAGAGGAGCUUCUGUGGACGAAUUUCUCAGAGGUUCGGAGCUGGGCAGACCCCAUCAUCACUACAGCCACAGUGAGGAGUACUGCACUGAUAGCAGUCGGGGCUCAGACCUGUCUGACAUCAUGGAGGAGGAUGAGGAGGAGUUGUACUCUGAGAUGCAGCUGGAGGAAGGGCGGCGACGCAGCAUUAACUCACACAACACGCUUAAGGCGUAUUACAGGCGUCAGGACCUAGCGGUGGAACGGGACAGUUGGGACCUGCAACGAGAGGUUGUUCGACAGCGCUCUUUGCGCUCGCACAAGCGCCUCCACAGCAUCCCGGAGGUGGCAGAGGAGGAUCCAGAUGCCGGGGUGGAGGUCAUGGGCCAACGGCUGCGCUUCGAGGAGAAUUGUCCAGGAUCUCCGUGCAGGAGCCCGCGAGUCUACCACCAGGACUCGCGGCAGCCGAACCACCUCUCCCCCAGCAAGUGCGUCCGUAGGUUGCAGAGGCAGCGCUCCUCUCCGCGUUACACCUCCAUCGAGGAUAGGGCUCCUGGAGGUCCAUGUUGGAGCAGCUGCAGUAGCAGACAAACCACCAAGAGCCCAGAUAGUGGACUGGACUGUGGAAGCGAGGAAGAGGGCUCGCUCGGCUACCGGGGAGGGUACCAUUCGUACACAGGCGGCAGUCCGCUGCGGGUCGGGUCUGGCCCCAACAUGCGGGUAAUUCACUGCGAGGGGCCGGUGGAGCAUCGCGCUCUGGCUGCCGGCAGGAAAAGGACACUGACUCGACAGUGCAGCAUGGAAGAGGACUUCCUGGACACUCUCCCGGAGACACGGAGCAUGCGGGAAUCCUACCAUCAUUACCAUUAUCAUCCACACCUACAUCAUCCUCAACGCAGGUUCCGGAGCGAGGGCAGGCUGAGUGAGGUUGGCAGGACCUGUCACAGGGACAUUAGGGCCUACUCUGUGGCCAGACUCAACAGGGCAAUGGAUGAACCCCUGAUUUUAGGGAGCUCUCCCUCAACGGGACGCUCGGAUCGACUGGGCCAUUCUGGCCGUAGGAUGAAUCAUGGCUGUCGACCCCCUCAGAGAAGGCCCAUGAACGUUCCUUCCAUUGAGAUCACCGUGGAGAAUAACAGUGAGGGGAGUGAGGGGAACCUCUCACCUGUCAAGGACGAUGUUUACUAUACCAAUGUAGCCCACUGCAGGAAAUGGCCCCCACAGCGAACCGAGCACCGAUAUGAUGGUUAUGGAGGACAACAACGGCGGUCUCCAGAAUACUAUGAAUCAGAGCCAGACGACUUGUCUCGAAUCUUUGUGGCAAUGUUUGACUACGACCCACUGUCAAUGUCUCCCAACCCUGAUGCUGCUGUAGAAGAGCUUCCCUUCAAGGAGGGCCAGAUCAUAAAGGUGUUUGGAGAGAAGGACACAGAUGGAUUCUACAGGGCAGAGAUCUGUGGCCGCAGGGGGCUCAUCCCCUGUAACAUGGUCUCAGAAAUCCAGACUGAUGAUGAUGAAAUGAUGGACCAGCUGCUCAAACAGGGUUUCCUUCCUCUCAACACCCCCAUUGAGAAAAUAGUGAACUGUAAUAGGUUCAAAGAUGGCCGUUCAAUUAACCGCAGGUCCCGGAAAUCCAAGAGAGAGAGGAACAAAAGGAGUGGAAGGCAGCACCAAGUGUCCACACGGAGGAUGGUGGCCCUGUAUGACUAUGACCCCAGAGAGAGCUCACCUAAUGUGGAUGUGGAGGCCCGCUAUGGGGGCAACUUGCAGAGUGAGGAGGCUGAGCUGACGUUCUGUGCGGGCGAUGUGAUCACAGUGUUUGGAGAGAUUGAUGAGGAUGGCUUUUAUUAUGGAGAACUUAAUGGACACAAGGGUCUGGUUCCCUCCAACUUUCUUGAAGAAGUGCCUGAUGAUGUGGAGGUUUACCUUACCAACACCCCGAGUCGUCACCCCCAGUUCCACCCCUCCCGGACAAAGAGCAAAAGGAAGAAGAGUGUUCAUUUCACUCCGUAACGGCUCAGUAUCUGUCACGUAAGUGAGCAACUGAGGAUACCACAAACAUCGCUGUCCUCGUCUAAUGCAGACGACAAGGGUACUUAUCUCUGUUGCUCCUGCAGGUUUGAUUUGGCUCCAACACCCUUGGUGAAGUUACCAUGCUGAAAGGUGAUAGAUUACUUCAAAAGACUGGUAAAUUAAAUACUUAUCUUCUCUCUUCAUCACCAUUAUCAUACUAGAUUAUAUACAUCUCUGUUAGAUGCUAAAGAUUAAAUCUAAUUUUGUCUGGGCAUGCCAGCAUUGUUUUAUGCAAAUAUACAACUAAUAUUGCUAAGAGUACAGAAUGGAAUAUAAAAGACAUGUUCCUAGAAAUUAGUUGUUUGCUGUCACAAAAUUGUAUAUGCCUCCAACUAAAAAUCAGGAAAAUGAGAAAAAAUCUGAAAAAUAAUAUUUUUUUAAUGUUACGGUGUAAAAAAGUCCAUGUUUGAUAAAUGUUUAUGAUUUGUUAUUGCACAAACAGUCUUAUGAAUAGUGAGAACAGUCUAUAAAGUGUAAACUAACUUUUCCUUGUAAAGAAAAAGUUGUGCAUGAGAUUUUUGAAGUUUCAAUAUUCAUACUGGUUUCCACAAAAAAAAAAGACUCUCUACACAGAUUCCCACAUAUCAUUUAUAAAUGACUGUUUAGAGAGCCGCCCCCUAUUCUGUCUGGGUGUGUCCACAAUCUAAUAUAUAUUGUUAAUUCCAAAUUGACUGUAUGGUGACCCUGCUGGGACUGAAAGGACUAUGAGAGGAGAUGGGGUGUCUAAUGUACAGUAAUGACUUUGAGAUGCUUUAAAAGGCAAAGAAACACUUUCUUUUCUUUUUAAACAUCCAGCCUUGAACUGUCCCUUGCGGGUCUUCCAUUAGGUACCCGUGGAAAAAGCGGGCCCUCCCAGAAGAAGUGCCACCCCCACAGUGCGCCCACACAUCCCGGGGUCCAGCCCCGCAGCACAGGGGCCUGGCAGUCCUGUCCGGCGCCCCCGAGCUGACACCAAGAAAACAGGACUGC